CACCAGCCUCUGUAUCUAUAUAGCCGGUAUACUAUUAACCGUCCUUCAUCGCUUCGUAGGCACGCGGCGCGGCGGCUGCUGGCUUCUCCAAACCUCUCAUCGAGUGUACGUAGAUUGUACACAAAGCAAAAUGGCUGUAAACAUCGCAGGGAUUGUAGCGAUCGUGAUUUUCUACCUGGUGAUUUUGGCGAUCGGACUGUGGGCUGCGCGUCGGGGGAAGGCGAAGCAGGCAGAGGGUGACCCGGAGAGCGAGCGUGUCAUGCUGGCCGGGCGAGACAUCGGGGUCUUCGUCGGGGUAAUGACUAUGACCGCAACGUGGGUGGGAGGAGGCUACAUCAACGGAACAGCGGAAGUGAUCUUUGACCCCCUGCAAGGGUUCAUCUGGUGCCAGGCGCCUUUCGGUUACUCCAUCGGCCUCGUUCUGGGAGGACUUUUCUUCGCGAAGAAGAUGCGCUCUGAAGGGUACGUGACGAUGCUGGACCCGUUCCAGCGGCGGUACGGAGAGAGGAUGGGCGGGCUGCUCUUCAUCCCCGCUCUGCUGGCAGACGUCUGCUGGUGCGGCGCCAUCCUGGCCGCUCUCGGUGCGACCCUGAGCGUGGUGCUGGGGCUAAACUUCACCCUGUCCGUCAUCAUCUCCACCGCCAUCGCCGUGUUCUACACCCUGCUGGGCGGGCUGUACUCGGUCGUCUACACGGACGUCAUACAACUGUUCUGCAUAUUCAUCGGGCUCUGGAUCUCCAUCCCCUUCGCCCUGACGAACCCUUUGGUGUCGGAAAUCGGGAGCACCACCGAGACCCGGCUCCUGUACACGCCUGUGAACGCCUCCGUGUACAACAGAACCUUCAACCAGACAGAGACGGCGGGCUGGUACGGGACGUGGGACACCACCUACACCGGCGUCUGGAUAGACUACGCACUGCUAUUGAUGUGCGGCGGGAUUCCAUGGCAGUGCUACUUCCAGCGUGUCCUGUCCUCCAAGUCGCCUGCGUAUGCGCGGUGGUUGUCCGUGACAGCCGGGCUGGGUUGCGUCAUCAUGUCCGUCCCGUCUAUACUGAUCGGGGCUAUCGGAGCCUCCACAGACUGGCCUAAAACAGAGUAUGGCAAAGACCCAGCGGUGGAGGGACAAGCUAGCCUGAUCCUGCCGCUGGUCCUGCAGUACCUGACUCCGACGUGGGUGUCGUUCUUCGGACUUGGCGCCGUGUCCGCAGCCGUCAUGUCCUCGGCUGACUCCGCUGUCCUGGCGUCCGCCUCGCUCUUCGCACGGAACGUCUACAAGCUCCUCUUCAGACAAAAGGCGUCGGAGACAGAGAUAGUGUGGGUGAUGCGCGCCGCCACCAUUGUCGUGGGAACCAUGGCAACGGCUCUGGCGCUGACCGUCCAAUCCAUAUAUGGCCUAUUUUUACUAUGCGGGGACCUAGUGUUCGUCAUCCUGUUCCCCCAGCUGGUCUGCGUGAUUCAUCUAGAAUUCACCAACACGUACGGCUCGCUGUGUGGCUACAUCGUGGGGAUGGUGCUCAGGAUAUGCGGAGGGGAGAGUCUGCUAUCCAUCGAUCCUGUCAUCAAGUACCCGUAUUAUGACGAGAGAGAAGGGCUACAGCUCUUCCCCUUCCGUGCCUUCGCCAUGCUGUGCAGCUUCCUCACGAUCGUCGCCGUCUCACUCGUGCUCAAACUGCUCUUCGAAGGGGAGAAAAUCCCGAUGAAGUACGACGUCGCCGACUGCUUCCGAAGCGAGGCCGAGCAGCAACGACGGCGACCCGAUCUCUCCCGAGACACGGAGGUCGUACUUCUGCCACUCGGCGACCAAUCAGAGGCGGUGUUAGUUAGGGCAGAUGAGCCAAAUAUGAGGAGUAACAAUACUCCUAAAGAGCAUCCACCACUUCUCAGUGAAGAAUGCCUGUAGUCAAAUACGUUUUAUCCUGAUUACAUUGCGCUUCUAGCAGCUCUUUCAUCAAUAUUUACGGAUUUGUAAAGGAAGCGUAAAGAUGUGAAAUAUGUUUACGUCGUGUAUUUAAGCACACUGAAAGGUGACGGAAAGGCGGAAUUUGCCUUUCAGUAGUCUUU